GUGACAAGAAACGUGAUGAAUCUACCUUGUGUGGGAUCUCAGAUAUUUUGUUUGUUUGCUGCUUUCUAUGACGUUGCUCGUAGUCAGCCAAUCACAAGGCUUGUACGAGUAGCGACGUAGUCUUUUGACAUUUACACCUGAGGCAAACUAAACUUAUUACAGGAGCGCAUCUUUCUGGUUUAUUCACAAACAAAUAGCCGGAAAUGUCCUUCUAGGUAACCAGUGGGAAGAUGACACUCUGGGCACGUCAUGUGAUGUAAAUAGGCCAGGCAGCUUUAUCGGACGGACAGAAGAACAAACAUGGCGUCCCUCAUCUUUUCACAUCUCACUGUGAUCUGUUACCAAUGACAGUCAACAUUUGGCCCGGCUAGCGUAUGCGUGUUGAACCUCGAGUAGCACCCUGCCCAAAUUCCACAGGGGUCAAACAGCCUUUCACAAAUUACUCUGUAAAAUGGCUGUAAGGAAAAAAAACUCCCUGGUGAAUCCCCCCUCAUGAAGGAAGAAGCUUUCAACACCUUAUCCCCUCCCAAUGGACCCUCUUUAACUGAGGUGGACAUGAAAACUCAGGGGGAUAGCAUUUACGACAUUAUUGACAAACGAGAUCACGCCACUGUGCAGGCACAGCUUUUACAAGGCGGGGCCUCGGCUUCCAAAUCCGACCAGGAUCUCACUUUUUUCUGUCGGAUGAAUAUGUCAAGGUGUUUGAAGAGACAAACGGGUCCAGGGGAUAUCAAGAUCAUGCACGUAAAAGGCCACUUUGCUUCGGUGCCGGCCACCGAUGGAUCGGGCGAAAAGUCCGUCUUUUUAGGCCUGUGCAGCCCAUUGAUAACCCCGGACAUCAAGGAGAACCUGAUUCAGAACAACACACUCGUGUUCAAAUCCGUACACAGUCUGGACAUGAAGUUCCUCGAACUCACUGAGACGGGUGAACACUACCUGGGGCUUACAAACGACCAGAUUUUCAGAAAGUCCUGGUAUGCCAUGCUUCAUCCGGAAGACUUAAGCGAAGCGCGGGAAAAGCACGUCCAAUUGAUCCGUUCGAGACAUGAGAUGGGAUGUAUGAUGACAGUGCGCAUGAUCGCGGAAAAUGGCGACUUGUUCUGGGUUAAUGUUGUGAUGCACGUACGUCAGGGACUGGUUCCCGGCAGUAACGACCCCGUUAUCGUCUGCGUCAAUCAAGUUGUCAGUGACCAAGAGGCUUACCACUUCAAGAUUCAGAGCCAGCUGUAUUCGCUUCACGCUACGCGAGGACCAGACUACUUUUGUCACCCUGGAUAUCCCGGAAGUAGCUCUCCUGGGAUGGAGGGAGAGAUGUACAUGCAGUCGUACCAGAUCCCUGGCUACUAUCCUCCUGCGGUCAUGAGCUAUCCUUCCCCAUCCGGCAACUACGGUAACUACGUGGUGCCAGAGCAGUUCUCAGGAAGUUGCACCUUCAACCAGUCCGGUAUAGCUGUGCCUUGUGGUGAACCAACCGACAAAAGGGAAAAUUGUACCAGGAAAGCAGAGCACGCCCAGGCGGUGGAAGCCCUCAAGAGGAAGUUGGGAGAGAAUGGACCUUGUCGGGGAAAGAAGGCCUCUGGAAUGAGCGUGAGCCACAAUGGCGGAUACCCCCCGGGUGCUGGUCACUUUGGGUGUGUCUCCAAUGGUCUUACGUCUCAUAACCAGGGCUAUCUGAUCGGAGGAGUAGCCAACAACUACAACAACCCGACCCAGUCUUACUCCUACGGCCCAACUCAGGUCAUGGCGUCUCCAAUGAACGGUCACAUUCCUGACCUUUGCUUCUCUCUCAAGGGUGAAGUUCCAGAUACUAGCACUCUGGCCACCUUCAAGGCAUCUCCUGUACACACCAAUAUGUCCAUGUCACCUGGUCUUCCACCCACCCCGGACCCGUCUCCUACCAGCAAGACCGCCACCGUCACACCAGGGAUAAUAAAGACGGAGACAUCGAGCGAAGUCCUUCCAGACUGGUACCUGACCCCCGAGGCCUCUCCAGGCUCACCCUCCUCUGUCAGCGAGGAAGAUGUCACGGCGUUUGCUAGGAAACUCGAGGCCAAAAUUGAAGCUGAGCUGAUAGGGUCCUGUCAACAACAGCAACAAUCGCCAUCAGUUUUUGCCAUAAGUCUGGCUAAGAAGAGAAAGACAAACAGAGACUUACCAGUGAUGGACGGAUCCACUGUGGACAACUUCUUCGAAGCUGUUAUCGGAGAAAAGCUGGAAAUCCUGCCACAAGCUUCCAAAGAGAACCCUCUGAAGAUUCCCAAGAGGGAAAUCCCCUUCAUGGAGCCCAUGGACAUCGAGUCGUUCUUUAGGCAGUCCACUCAGCAUGGUUUUCAGGGCGAUCAGGCCAACCAUUUGAGCAGACCGAUUUCAGCAGAUGUCCAGAUCGUCCCUGACCAGUCUAACCCGUCCCCCAGCUACGGCCCUGCGUCUGUGGAAGGUGGGGACUACCUGGCGGAUGAGAUGUCCAGUGGAGGUAUUGACCAGAGUCGAGUAACGAUGACCGUCUCUGUAGCACUGGCAGAACCACACACCGUUGACCACACCAUUAGCCACACCCUCGGAAUCGAGGAGAACGAUGAAAUGCUUAAUCAACUGCUGUCAUGGGCAUCCAAUACUGAGGCCCACCCCGCACCAGACCCGAACCAGUAGGUCAGACGAUGUAAGGCGAACCUUACAAUGUAUGGCAUAUUGUCAUUAUACCAACGCCUCAACGCUGUGGACAGCUGUUCUGGCAAAGAAAGAAUAUUAUUGGUCAAGAGCGGACACCACUGCUGCGCAGCCGCGAUCUCGUCCAAUUACAUAUGAAAGCAUCUCAUGAAUAUGCAUCGACGCGGUAUCGUGGCUUCGCUGGCCGAACGCCACAACGUCGAUGCAUGCUCGAUGAGCCCUUAAAGCACUUUGAUUGAGGUUUUUCUUCCAUUGUAUUUCACCAGUUUAAUUUUGACAGAAACUAUCUUAGCUGUGCUUUGAUAAUUCUAUGAGAAGGCCUUUUUUCUUGUUUUGGCCAAGCUUCAACGCUUUGUUUAAAAGCAGGUUCCAUUUCGAUUUGGUUAUUUUUCUAUGAACUGUCUUGGCAGCUUUGUGGUAUGCUGGUCACGCCACGAGCGUGCUGAUGACGUCACAGAAAUUGAAAUAGGUAAACUAGGUAGAGUAAAGAGGAAUGGAAUAAAACCGAUAUCAGUUUGUUUUCUACUGAACUUUUUUUGGGUAGAUUCUAUUUCCGGUUGCCAUAAUGUGAAAAAAUGUGACCAGCCUGGUGCUGUAAGUCACACGGAUUCACGUGGUCAAGAAAGAAUCUGUUAUAUAACUUUGACAGUCAACGCGUCGCUCGCGGAGAUAAUUACGUCUGUCAGUCAAAUCUAUAUUUAAAACAUUCUCACUGGUGCUAGUGUGAGUACAUUGCCUGUAGACUAGACUCGAAUUUAAGACCAUACUUUACGACCAUGCCACGACAGUAGGGUUACUGUGGAUUUGCACAUACCGGUGCUUGUUAAGUAAAAAGUUCGGUACCCUAGCCAAAUUCAGGCUUUGAGAAGAGAAAACAUUUUCCCUACAUACAGUCCAGCUUUGUGUGUUUUUUGCUGAAGUCGCUUUUUCGACUAAUACACUCUUAUUAUAUAUAAGUUAAUUGAUAAGGCAAUCCUAUCGAUGUCAACUAUAUCUAUAUCAUAGUCAAUAUAAUGAGACAUUGUUUUUCAUCUCAUUUAUGUAAUAGAAAAAUAUUUUUUAAAUCAUUUGUUUCGAUGUGUUGAAUAUAUGGAUUUUAUGGCGUCUUUAUGGUCCAAGUUCUGCGCAGGUCACUAAUUUCGGAGUUACGUCACAGUUGUUACAGUUUGCUGUUGACUGUUGUUGAGUGAAUUUCUCCAGCCACCUUUGUGAUCUCUCUGGUCUCGGGAUCACGAAGCGAUCUUAGACUUAAGUAAAUCAUAAAAUUUGGUAUGUUCCUUUUCAUUAUUUUAGCUGAAGUUUGUUCUACAAUAACUUGCCCAGAUUUUAAUUUGUCAAGCAAAAUUUUGACCUUAUAACAUAAGAAACAACAAUUUUAAAGAGAUUUGAAAUUUUGACUUAGGUAUAAGUUCGCUUCGUAAUCUCGGGGCAAAUAAUAACUCAAUACGUUCUUUUCUGCUUAAAUGACUACGCACCUUCAUAACACAUCACUAGUGUUAAUGGCACAAGAUAAAAACUGUUACCCACAGCGGAAAUAUGUUAUUUUAUGAUUUUACUUUUUUGUGUUGUAAGUUUGUACCUAACUAAGUGUAGGAUGGAUUUCCACGCGAUGGCGCUCGUUGCUGGACGACUUGACGUCAUCGGUUGCGUCAUGUAUUACUCAAGGUGUCGACAGGAUAUGGAAGAUGGGCUCUAUUGGCACAAACGUUGCUGUGGAAAUAUUAUUGUGCAUUUUGUAUUUAAAAUAUAUUUUAGUGUUGUUCUCAUCACGAUUUUCAUUUCGCAAGGAAAGCUUUUAUUACUGUACCAUUUUCACACCAUUUGUCAUGUUGUCAUCUGUUUGUUUUUGCAUACUAUAGACGUUAUAAUGAUUGUCACAUGUCGUUUACAUUUUCCUCUAAUGUUGCAUCGCUUAACGCUGAUGAUAUAUACACAGGUAGGCGCUGGUCGCCCCACCCUGUACGGCCGCUGGACGGUCUCAGAGAUUUACACAAUGGUCUGUUUACAGACUUAAGCGCUGCUGUGCGGUGUUUGUUUACCGUAUAUCUGUUGAAAAAAAAGCAUAUAUACAAACACAUAAGUAUAUCUAUAUAUUUGGCAUAAUUUUGCAUGUUUUUAAAGGGUUGGUUCAAUUUGUAAAGCCGUUGAUCAGUGUAGAUCACGUGACGGCGAUAUACAGACAGCCAAUAAACUGAAUCAUGUUUGUC